AUGGCUCCUGCUGCUGCAACUUCAGCCGUGUUCGCGGCGGCCUCGACUGUCCCUUGCCUUGCUGGUCCGUCGCAGGCCACCUCCUGCAGACCGUCGCAUGCUUCGCCCGUCGUCGCAUGCGGGGUGUCGCUAGCACGAUGCGGCCCGUCUGCCGUAUCGUCCACCCUUGCGACGUCGCACCUUCGCUCCGAGUUCGUCGCCUCGCGAUCGGCGAUCUCUCGCCGGGUCCAAGGCUCCUCCCGAAGCGUCGCUCGUCGCACGCGAUCGUCGCCGGCGACGUCGCCCACGUGCUCGCUGCCGUCGCUGGAGAACACCCCUGCGACGCCCGUAUUUACCAGCGACGGUGCCGUCGCCGCCUUCCCCGCAGCUUCCGGCGUCUAUGCGAUCUACGAUAAAGAAGGCGCGCUGCAGUACAUGGGGCUGUCGCGGCGGCUGGCGGCGAGCCUGCAGGCGCACGCGGAGGACCUGCCUGAGAUGUGCGGCGCUGUCAAGCUCGCGGUGGUAGCGGCGACAAACAAAGAGGCCCUGGUGGAGGCGUGGAAGGCGUGGAUGCAGGAGCACGUGGCAGGCACGGGCAAGGUGCCUCCCGGCAACGAGAGUGGCAACAGCACGUGGACCACGCGCCGUGUGAAGCGCGUCAAGCCCGACCUGCGUAUCGUGCCGGGUCCCCACGUCAAGCUCACCAUUCCCCUCAGCGAGCUGAUUGAGAAGCUGGUGAAGGAGAACCGGGUGGUUGCAUUCAUCAAAGGCACUCGCACAUCCCCGCAGUGUGGCUUCUCGCACCGGGUGCUGACGCUGCUGAACGAGGCGCGGGUGGACUUUGAGACACUCAAUGUGUUGGACGAGGAUCACAACCCGGGCAUCCGCGAGGGCAUCAAGGAGUACAGCCAAUGGCCCACCAUCCCGCAGGUAUUCGUGAACGGGGAGUUCAUCGGGGGUGCGGACAUUCUGGAGGAGAUGGCCCAGUCUGGAGAGCUCAAGGAGGCGAUGGCGACGCCGCAGCAACAGACGGCCACUGCUGCCACUGGAGGUUCCGCCUAG